AUGGGGAAAGAGACGGUCGCCGCGAACGGAGAUUUCCAGGUGGUAAGGAGUUUGUUUCAGGUUAAGAUCAGCGAUUGUUUGCAACUUUUUUAAUGUUGUUGACUUUUCCAGGAGUCCUCGCCGAGUUUUAGUACACCUUCUUCCACACAAUACAGCGAUGGGCUGGUGGAAAAUUCGGUCAUUUCGGAUGGAGAGGAGAUGUUCUAUCCGCCGCAGACGCGAAAAGAACGGGUAUUGUCGGUGAGUGAAUUCAUAUGCAAAUUUAAUAAUAAAUAUUUUCUACAAGUCCGUUUGCAAAGGCGCUGGAGUGAUUUCUGCGAUAUGCAGUGUGAGAAAACAAAAAUUCACUUUAACUAUGCAAUUUCUUGCUGUUUCCACAGCGCAGUGGGCUUUUUUGGGCUAUUGCUCGAGCCCUGACAUUCAGAAAUCGCUCUAGUGACUUUGCGAACGGACUACUUCUAUCAUCAAUCUGUCGGGAAAAUAAUUAGCACUCUGUUGCAUCGAAAAUCGCAUCGCCGUCGAGAAAACUAAUUGUGUCGCGACAAAAUCAAAUAACUUCUCAAUUCAGUGACGCGAAUGGCGCAACGACAUUGUGAUCAUUAUUUUCCCGACAGACUGAUGCAAAUUGCAGAGCUGUCUCUUAUGUGUAGGGUUUCCUAAAAAUGUAGUCAAAAAGACUGGCAGUUUUAUUAACCCGCCUAUCAGUUUGUCGGAAAAAUAACGGGGGAUCGUCGCGCCUCGGAAUCGCCCGUCAUCGCUUUGCGAUGGCUGCCGAAACUGAAGAUUUGGUGCGCGAUAGAGGCGAGGUGAGACAUUUUUCUGCGACGAUCCGCCGUUGUUUUCCCGACAGACUGAUACUAGUCCCGACACAAAGUCCUGAGAAAUUUGCACAGUGCAUUUUUGCUUUCGUUUCGCGCCCGUCGCGGCAAUUCCCCGUUUUUGCGCUUGGGACAUGCACUUUCGCGCGAGCUCGCUCCAAUUUUGCCGCGCGACACCCGCGACAAAUGUGUCAGGACUUUAUGGCGCGACUAGUAAUAAAUAAGCCUGCGGGGUGUAAUGAAAAGCAGCCGAAAGUUCCGGAUUUUUCUUUGAAGAAAGACCUUGGAAAUCAAAAAUUUAGCUUUCUGAAGGCACGGUUGUGGUUUCACCAGGGCUCCACAAAGUUUUUUUUUAUUAUUUUUUUAUUAAUUGAAAUUCGGGAACUCGUCAAGUACAGGCUCCUCUACAAAGCUGGUAUCAGCCUGUCGGGAAAAUAAUGAACAAAAACGAUCGUGUCGCUGAAGUGAAAAGCAAUUUGGUUUUACCGCGGCACAAUUCAUUUCCCAGCGGCGAUGCUAAUUUCUAAGCGACAAUGUGCUCAUUAUUUUCCCGACAGACUGAUCCCUUUGAACUCGACACGAACCCAAGUUCAAGAUCAGGCUGAACUUUGAGCUUGAAACAGAGGCACUUUUAAAGUUCACCCGAACUUGGUCUUUCAGUUCAAUUUUUUAAUUGAACGGAAAAUUGAGCGGCCGAUUGUUUGAGUCUGGGACAAAAGACUUUUUCGAAGAAAAUCGAUGUUUGACGUUAGAAAAUUACUUUUUCUUCUUGCAUAUUGAUGGAUAAGUUUGCACUACUAGCGGGGGGAAAUUCCUGAGAAUGUGUCGCGGCCCCAAAUUUCGUCAAACUCUGAAAAAAUGAUUUGUCGCUGCGAAAAAUACGAAAUGUGCGUCCAAAAUACAGGGUGUUUCAAGAAAUUUGGAACAAAUGAUUUGCUUAUAUCUUUGUGUUCUUUGCAUCUAUCAACGAAUUUCUUUUUGCUUCUAAAAAUUGACAGCGUGCGUUUUUAGAAUCUCAAAAAAAAAUUUUUUCGUCGGCGGAGGGCCCAUUUCUCGGCGGAGAAAAUUAGGGCCUUUUUUAAAAAUCACAGCGUAUUACGUGGCGGAAACGCCGUUGCAACGGCUGAAAUCAAGUUUACGUUGCACCUCCGUCGAUUUUACGGUAUGCAUUUUUUUGUUUUCGAUUUUACGCGCACCGCGGAGGCGCGGCGGAGACUUCAAAUUUCGGCGGACGUUGUUUUGGGCCUUCGGCUGUUGCAAUUCAUGUUGGAAAUGAGGUUGGGGUGAUUUUUGGCUUUAUCAAAGGGUCAAAGCUGUCUUACGAGUCCGGGAAAAAUCUCAGCUACAAGAAUCCAUCAGAGCAGCAUUGUCUUUCAAAGAUUUUUGAUUUUUUUAGUCCGGCGGACAAAUCGGCGGAGUUUUGUUUUUACCCUUUGAUAAAGCCUCCGCCGACUCCUCCGCCGGGGAUAAAAAGCACGAAAUUUUUGCCAUCUGUGCAUCGGAUGACCACAAAAAAUCAUCCAAACCUCCUUUUCCAACAUGAAUUGCAAAAGCCAAAGGCCCAAAACAACGUCCGCCGAAAUCUGAGGUCUGCGCCGCGCAUCCGCGGAAGUGCGUAAAAUCGAAAACGCAAAAAAAGCAUAACGUAAAAUCGAUGGAGGUAUUACGUAAACUUGAUUUCAGCCGUUGCAACGGUGUUUCCGCCACGUAAUACGCUGUAAUUUUUAAAAAAGGCCCUAAUUUUCUCCGCCGAGAAAUGGGCCCUCCGCCGACGAAAAAAAUUUUUUUUUGAGAUCCUAAAAACGCACGCUGUCAAUUUUUAGAAGCAAAAAGAAAUUUGUUGAUAGCUGCAAAGAACACAAAGAUAUAAGCAAAUCAUUUGUUCCAAAUUUCUUGAAACACCCUGUAUUACAGGGUGUACCAAAAAAAUGGAAACUUUUUUUCAUUUGUCCUGAUGUGAAAAUGGUUAGGUGUAGCCAAAGAAGUUUAUUACUACAAAAUUCUCUGUGUUUUUCUGUCCUAGUGUUUUGAUUUUUACGCCCAUAUCGAUUAAUCGACCUGUCUUUUUUGAACUUCAAACAAAGGGACCUCGAUUUUGAACUUGUUUUUGGAGCUGUUCGAACAGUUAAUUUGCCCGGUAUAGAAAGAACGUUGUGUCGAAAGUAAUCACGAGGCCCAAGGAGCUUGAUACGGAUAGUAAGCGCCCAGGAAGUGAAAGAAAACGCACCGCCAGCGCUUCUUUCAACCGAAAGAUCGCCCACAGCAAAAUCCGCGAUUUUCAAGAAAAACUUGCCCUUGAGACUGACAUCAGCGCCCGAUCGCUCGGCCGAAUAGUCAAGGGCGAGCUCAACCUCAUGUCAUACAAGCUCUAAAAAACUCAGAUCUUUAAAGUCGAGAGAAAGUGCGUACAGCGCAAAAAUGUCGGAACGUCAAAGGGGUGGGCCGCAGCUCCGAGACGUGAGCGCAUUCAGUUCGCGGUUUAAUAUUUAGCGGAUACACAACCACCAGAAUGAUAGAAUCUGCUUCAAUGAGGCUCCUAGCCUGUUGGCCAUCGUCAAAUACCACCAAAAUCCGGGUCGUCAUUGCUUAAGGCGGAAUUUGUGCCAGCGGCAAGAAUUCCAUGUUUUUCGUGAAUAAAUGGGACAAAAUACUAGCGCCGCGGUAAUUUCUAUUUUGUCGUGCUUCCGUGAGCUCAGCAGAACCUUGGCAAUGCAAACUUGGCGUUUCAACAGGACUCAGCGCCGGCUCACAAGGCAAAAUCGACUCAGGACCCGAAAUGGGACCGAUUUUCCCGAUUUUAUCCCGCCUGCGAAAUGGCCGCCUGCUCGCCAAAUUUGAAUCCAAUGGACUAUAUAUUUUUUUUAAAUAUAAGGCCAGCACCGGUACUAUGCUCCACAAAAGUUUGGAGUCGCAAAGUAAAUGAUGCGCCAAGAACGGGACCGAUUUCCCCCUUGAAAAGCUGCGGCCCGGAGCCCAAAAUUUUACGCCACGUUUGGAGCUCUAUAUCGCCACCACAGGCAGCCACUGUGAAACAGAUUGAACAUGUUAUAAACAAUGCUCUAUGUUACCAAUCAUGACCGUUACUUUUGCUGAAUUUUGAUUCUCCGAAAAAAUAUAGCUAUAAAAACAAGUUUCCAUUUUUUUGGUACACCCUGUAUACUAAAAUCGAGGUCCCUCUGUUUGACAUUCAAAAACACAAUUUUAAUUAACCGAUUUGGACAUGAAAAUCAGAGGACUAGGACAGAAAAAGACGCAGAUUUUAAUGAUACAAAAAUAAUUUAGCCACACAUAAAGGUUUUCGCGGCUGGACACAUGAAACAAAUUUUGCAUAAAAUCAUCCUCGUACCGUUUUUUUUACUAUGGUACGCUGCUCUUUUUACUAGUCCUUCCGGAAAGUUGCCGGAGUAAAAUCUGCGACAUGCACUGUGAAAAAAAACAAAAUUUUACUUUGCACUGUGCGAUUUCUUGCUUUUUGCACCGUGCAAUAGGCUUUUUUCGGCUGCCGCUCGCACUCUGAUUUUCAUUAGAUAGUGCAAACGCCACAAAAUCACUCUAGCGACUCCAGGAACGCAGGCGAAAAACGUUUUUGUUUGAGACGAUCUCCUCAUUUUGCAUGUUCUCUCGCAAAAAGAUUGCUAAAAAUUUCCGCUGCGGGCGCAAAGUGUGAGCAAAAAGUUUCACGUCAAAAAUCACCUCAGCGACUUUCCGGAAGGCCUAGUACUAAUUUUCAUAGAGGUUUUGUACUACCGGGGUUCGUUAUAAUUUCAACUGUCUAUGCGAAAAAGAUAUCUUUCAACCCCAUUUUCAGCUAGCCAAGCAAAUCCUACCUCACAUCGGACUAUGCUUAUUGCUUCUCGUCUACCUCUUACUUGGAGCCGCAAUAUUUCAGCGAAUUGAAGGGCCAAACGAGAUCAUUGUAAGUUAAACAACUACGCAGUUAACUUUUUCAAUCUUUCAAUGCUGUAAAAUCACAUUUCCUCUAGGUAAAACGAAAUGAAAUCAGUCGAAUAAGAACCCUCAAACAUCGUUAUCAAGAGUCGGUAUGGAACCUGACUCACAAUCCAGGCACUGUGUUUUCCAAGACCACCUUCAACGCCUUAGGCGAAGAGUAUUUUGAGAAGCUCGUGCAAGAAAUCUUUAGCUCCUAUCGUAAUCAGUUUGUGACUGAAGUCCACCUACUUAAUCGGACUUCUGAAGACGACAACUUGUGGUCGUAUCGAAACAGCAUCUUUUUUGCGACAACUGUAAUUACUACGAUAGGUAAGAAAGGCCUGAAUUUUUCGACAUAAUUGUAAAAUAUGCUGAUUCCUUUUUUUCUUUUUAAUAUAAGCGUCUUAUAUACUGAUACAGGUAUGUGUUUUUAAGGGUAUGGUCAUCUUGUGCCAGUGACACAGACCGGAAGAAUAGCCUGCAUUAUAUUUGCGUUGAUUGGAAUCCCACUGUUGUUGGUCACUAUCGCAGAUAUUGGUCGUUUUUUGUCCGAGUUUCUCAAUGUUGCGCACAUUUCUUCAAGGAAGUUUAUUAGCAGGGUAGGUUGGAAAAUAUGACACAGAAAAUAACCUUACAAAGAAGGAAACCUCUGUGGAACAAACUCAAGUAGAAGGAGACCUUUCCGCAACGAACAAUCUCACUACAUGUAGUCAGAGGGCUCAAGUUUCUAUCUAGGCCAAAACGAAACUCUCUACAAUAAGUCACUUCCAUAUAUAGUGCAUAACUAUCAGUUGUCGGGAAAAUAAUGAGUAGAAUUACGAUGCGCCGAUCGCAACGCUUAAGUGAAAAGCAAUUUGAUUUUACAGCAGAAUUUCUCGGCGGUGAUGCGAUUUUCAAUGCGACACAGUGCUCAUUAUUUUCCUGACAGAUUGAGAACAGUUUUUUUGGCUCUUGCGAAACGUUGUUCAAAGGUGAGAGAGCCUCAAUCAAAUCUCUGUACAACGAAUCGCAAUGAACUAAAAAAUUAAUGGAAGUAUAGUAUUGUUGGACAAAGGUUCUUUUUUUACCUCGUUUUGACUUUUGAGACCUUCAAAAUUGCUUGCUAUAGACAGAUCUCACUGUAUGACAGUUGAUUGUAUUAUACAAUGCAUUCUACUGUAAAAAAAUCACUAACAAGUGAAGUUAAUCUAUGAUUUAUUUUCAGAUCCGCGACAAAACCAACCGAAUUUCCCACCGAAUCUCGAGGUUCAGUAUUCGCCGUCGUUUAUCGACCGAUAAUUCCAAAUCGAUUGAGAACUCAUCAAUGACCACGGAUCAGGCCGGCUCCAUGAAUUUGAAUGAGAUUCCGCCCAACUCCGAAGACGAGGAUGAAGAAGAGCCCAUGCAGAACGACGCUCAAAGCUUGCGGAUUCCCAUUCUGAUGGUGUUGGUUGUGAUCUUGAGCUACACCGCGUUAGGCGGGCUGCUUUUUCAAAAAUACGAGGGAUGGCCAUAUUUGGAGGCCUUCUACUUUUGCUUCAUUACAAUGGCUACCAUCGGAUUUGGAGAUUAUGUUCCAUCAAUGAACAUGAACCUCGCUGUCGCCAUGACUUAUAUUAUCUUUGGACUAGCGCUGUAAGUAAAAACAACGAUGUAAAAAAAGUUUCGUAUGUGUUUUCCAGCGCAACAAUGUGCAUAGAUACGGCUGGCACUCAUUACAUUCGCAAGAUCCAUUACGUGGGCACGAAAAUGGAAGAUGCCCGAGGCGUCGUGAUGACUGGCAUCCACCAAAGCGAGCAUUUGAUAAAACACAAGGGAAUUAAUAUAAUUCGAACUGCCGGAGGCAGAAUUUACCGAGUUAGAGGGCAUUUGCUGAGCAGGACGGAGUCACAACAGCUCGAUUAUUUGCUGAAGAGCACGUAUUAUCAGAAGAACAUCAUCUAUGAGCCGUUGUCGCCGCAGGUCUUGAAGUUGUGCAGAGAGAAGGGAAUAAAGGUAAGAAAAGUUUUAAUGAGGACAGUUUCAAAGUGUUGCCAAUUUAUUUUUUGCCAAAAAUUAGGCCAUACAGUCAAACCUAUCUACAAUGAGGCGCAUGAGAUCAAAAAAAAACAUUUUUUAUAGAAGGGUUUUGUUAUACGGAGGUUCAAUUUGCCAUAGCAGAGGAAGUCCCCCAAGUGCGACGCUCAGAUUUUGAUGAAACAUGGGAGAACUUUACAUAUUUUUUUCUGAGAUUCAAUUGCGGGACCCCCAGCUCGCGCUUUGCGGAAAUGACAGAGAUUUUUAGGGCGAAAGUAGGCAAAAAUGCUUAGCCACAAAGAUGUGGAAUAUGUCGGCUUAGCCUACAAACCUCGGUGUAAAAUUUUCACUGAUUUUAUAUGUGGUCUAUGCCCGGUAUGAGAGCAAAAUUUAAGUAACGUCUGAGCUUCACACUUGGGGUACCCAAGCACGGCAACCCAGGGAGUCUCCCGCCUCCUUUCGGCACUUCGCCCACCCAGUAUCGGUUAAUUUCAAACGACACUCACGGACUCAAAAAAACCUUGAUUUCGCGACAGAAACUACAGAGUUCCAAAAUCUUGGCUUACAAUAUAUUUUCAGAUCCUCCCCGACGAAAUCUCCCCAUCCGAAUGUACGGUGCUGCCCAACCACGAGGAGAAUUUGAAAAUGCUCAAAGAAUUCGUUCGAAACAACAACGUCAUGUCGCCAAAUACGAUUCAUCGGACGCUCGCCAAGAAUUUGGAUCCCAUGUCCACCUCACUGCCGCCAAUGCCAUUCGUGCUCAAGGAAUCUUUCAUUUAA